AUGGUGCUGCGGGGAAGCAGGAGCCCCCCGGGUCCCUUGUGCUCCCCGGGGCCGAAGGCGCGGGUUCGCGACGAGUCCUUCAACCCUGGAGAAGAGGAUGAUGAUGUGGCUGAAGACCCGCCAACCCCCUCGCGCAAGGGCCCCGCGCCCUUCAAGGUGACGCCGGUGCCGGUGGCUGCCAGGCCGGAGCGCUUCCCAGGCACCACUGUGGAGGAGAUCCUGGCCAAGAUGGACAGCAGGGAGGGUCCGGGCAGCCCAGACAGGGCCUGGCUCUCGCCCUUCUGUCCCGACCCCUCCUCCCGCUUCGGCUCCAAGACCUUCGCCGCCUUCCGGAGGUGUCCCAGCGGGGAGGCGGAUGGAGACCCCCCUGGUGAAGCCCCACACACACCCCGACCUGCGGCGGGCGAGCUGGGAAUGGGGGAUGAUGGACACUCCAUGGCUGAGACGAGCCCCCCGGAGGACAGCGGUUCUGAAGGGCCUGACAGCUGCAGGGCAGAGGGGGCUCCAUGCCCAGGGGGUCCCAUAGCCCAGCGAGAGGCUGAGGGCUUGACGGAGGAGGAGGAGGAAGGGGAGGUAGAGCGAGGCACCCCUGGGUCCCAGUCCCCACUUCGUGUGACAGAGCCUGGCUGGCACCCAGCUGAGCCUGAGCCCCCCACCCAGCCCAGCAUCACCACAGCUGCACCCCUGGAUCCAGCCCCCCCAGAUCCAGCCCCUCUGGCUGACUUGGCCUGGGCAGGUGACAGCCCCAAAGACCUGCAGGGCCCUGGGGGGCCAGGCCAAGCCGAAGGACCCCCACAGGGCCCCGACCCCCACGCCGACCCGGGCUGGCUGACGGAGCUGCUGGCAUCACCUGGGGCCCACACCACAGGGCACGGCUCGCCAGAGGGCCUGUUGGGCUGGUCGCGGAAGGACCUGUGCAGUGAGUUUGGCAUUGGCCGCCCUCGCCGGGCCGGCACCUUUGACUGGAGCUGCCCAGCUGUGUCCAGGGAGAGAGACUGGCCUGCUGAGACCAAGCAGGACCAGGAAUUUAGGGCCAAAUCCGGCUGGGACAGCAGCCACAGUGACAGUGCUGGGGCCAGGCCGGAUGGGCACUUCAGCACUGCCCGGGAGGGCUGGAGCAGUGACUACAGAGGGACGGAGCUGAUGGCAGACACCAAACUGGGCAGCAGUGACUGGUCCCAGUCCCUUGGUGCUGGGGAGAGCUGCCUGCGGGAUCCAGACUUUGGCAGCAGCACAGCCAAGUGGGGCCCGGGCUAUGGCCUGGGCCGUGCCAGCAGCACAGAGGAGCUUGACUCCGAGCAGCCCACCUGGGCGGGCAGGUAUGGCACCGGUGACAUGGAGAUGAAGGACAGGGAGCUCACCCCGGACUGGGCCAGUAAAUACAGCAGCCGGGAUGCCAGGAGCAAGGAUGAGGAUUUUACGCUGGGCUGGGCUGGCCGAUCCAGCACUGGGGACACAGGGAGCCCAGACAAGGAACUCAGCCCCAGCCGACCGUCCUGGAACAGCAGGUACAGCACCCGGGACAUGGAGAGCCAGGACCGGGAGUUCAGUCCCAGCCGGCCAGCCCGGACUGAGGAAUACAAGGACACACAAAACCAGGACAGGGAGUUCAGCCCCAGCCGGCUGGCUGAAGGCAGCGAGUGCAGCACUGGCAGUGUGGAGACCCAGGACCGGGAAUUCAGCCCCAGCGGAGCGGCCUGGGAUAACAGGUACAGCACUCAGGACAUGGAGAGCCAGGACCGUGAGUUCAGCCCCAGCCGGCCGGCCUGGACUGGUGAAAUCAGGGACAUGGAAAGCCAGGACAGGGAGUUCAGCCCCAGGAGGCCGGCCUGGGCUGGUGAAUACAGGGAGAUGGAAAGCCAGGAUCAGGAGUUCAACCCCAGCAGGCUGACCUGGGAUAACAGAUCCAGCAGCAGGGACACGGAGAGCCAAGACCGGGAGUUCAGCCCCAGCCGGCUGGCUGAAGCCAGCGAGUGCACCACCGGGGACCUGGAGACCCAGGAUGGGGAAUUCAGCCCCAGGGGAGCAGCCUGGAGUGACAGAUCCAGCACCAGCAACAUGGAGACCCAGGACAGUGGAUUCACUCCCAGCAGAGCAACCUGGGAUGAUGGGCACAGCGCUGGGGACAUGGAGACCCGGCACGGGGAGUUGUUCAGCCCCAGCAGAGUGGCCUGGGGCGACAGGUCCAGCACCAGGGAUGUGGAGGCCCAGGACAGGGAGUUCAGCCCCAGUGGAGCAGCCCGGGAUAGGGAGCACGGUUCUGUGUUCCCCAUGGAGGAAGGGCAGGAGCUGAUCCCAGGCCGGCUGAGCUGGUCCGGUGAGAGCAGCGUCGGCCAGGCCAGGCAUGUUGGGAUCAAUGAGGAAGAUGUGCCUGGCUCCCUCUGCUCUGAUCUCCUGGCCCAGGAGUCCACCUGGGGCAGUGCCCACCAGCAGGAGCGUGGCAGCUCCAGCAGCGGGGACUGGGCUGAGGAGCUUGGAGGAGGUGACUGCCACAACCAGUUUGGUGCCAUUGGGACAGAGCGGGUGCCAGACCCCUGCAGCAGCGGAGCCUCAGAUGGCACCAUGUCCAGGGGCCUGCAGUCCCUGGCAGGCUGGCACAGGGAUGUCUCUCUGGACACGGACGAUGCCCGCUGGAGCCAGGACCUGGAGCACUGGAGCAUGGAUCUGCAGGACACCGAGGCCAAGCGCCAGGAGUGGGCGAGUGCCUUUGGUGCCCGCUGUGCCGCCCGCAGCCGGGACCUCGGCACUGGGGAACGAAGCCUGGGAGGGGACACGGGCACAGAGGACAGCAGGAGCCUCCAUCUUUCAGCCCCCAGCCCACCGAUGGGUAAUGCCCCAGCCGACCCCCCAGCUCUGGAGACCCCCCGGGGUGAGCUGCUCAGCCCCACUGAGGAGGAGAGGGACCUCCCCGAGCACGCCGCUGCCCUGCAGAGCCCCAGGGCCUCCUCUCUGCUGCUGGAGGCUGCCAGCGGGAUCCCAGUGGACCCAGGGAUUGAGGAACCCACAUCGGACCACCCAGAU